CAGUUACUGAUAUGGAAGGUUUCUUAUUAUUAUUACACAGACAAGAGCCGCCACCAUUCACCAACCAACUAAUUCCUUCUCCUUCUUCUCCAUGUAUGAGUUAUAUAAACAAGCUAAAUAGAACAACCCUUUUUCUUUUUCAAGUUUUGAUUUUGAAAACAAAAUGCAAAUCAAAACCCUAACUUUAACUAACCCUUUACAGGGAUUCUCUCAAUCUUUUGUAAUCUUUAACAAAACCCCAGCUCUCUCUCGCUUUCACACCUCUCUUUCGCCUCCAAGUUUGCGUUUUUGUACUCCAAAGAUUCAGCACAAACUAUUUAGAACUUUUUGUAUUAGUUCUGGCGAAGAACUGUUUAAAAAUGAGUAUACAAUUGAAUCAAUUGAUUCAAAUUCUUUAUGUGAAAAUGAAGAAGGAGAAGAAGAAGAAGAAGAAGAAGUGAAAGAAGAAAUGGCGGGUAAGAGAGAAGGGUUGGAGACUCAAAGUAUAUGGAAUCAAAUGAAGGAGAUUGUGAUGUUUACAGGACCUGCAGCGGGGCUUUGGAUAUGUUGGCCACUGAUGAGUCUCAUUGACACUGCAGUUAUCGGUCAAGGAAGCUCCAUUGAGCUUGCUGCUUUAGGUCCAGGAACUGUGAUUUGCGAUUACUUGACUUACGUGUUCAUGUUCCUUUCAAUUGCUACGUCAAAUAUGGUUGCCACUUCCCUUGCCAGGCGGGAUAAAGAAGCAGCACAGCAUCAAAUAUCUGUUUUACUCUUUGUUGGUUUGGCUUCUGGCAUCUUGAUGUUUAUGUUUACAAGAUUCUUUGGUUCAUGGGCACUAACUGCUUUUACUGGACCUAAGAAUGUGCACAUUGUACCGGCAGCAAAUACAUAUGUUCAGAUUCGAGGGCUAGCAUGGCCAGCUGCUCUUGUCGGGUUGGUUGCUCAAAGUGCAAGUCUUGGGAUGAAAGAUUCAUGGGGUCCUUUGAAAGCAUUGGCAGCUGCCACUGUCAUCAAUGGUGUUGGUGAUGUAGUUCUCUGCCGCUUUAUGGGCUAUGGUAUUGCUGGUGCAGCAUGGGCAACAAUGGUUUCACAGGUCGUUGCAGCUUAUAUGAUGGUUGAAUCUCUGAAUAAGAAAGGAUACAAUGCUUUUGCGUUUGCUAUUCCAUCCCCCAAUGAACUUGUGACGAUACUAGGGCUCGCUGGUCCUGUGUUUAUUACUAUGAUGGCAAAGGUGGCUUUCUACUCUCUCAUUAUAUAUUUUGCUACAUCUAUGGGCACAAGCACUGUGGCUGCUCAUCAGGUCAUGAUUCAAACAUACAGCAUGUGCACGGUAUGGGGUGAACCUCUUUCUCAGACAGCACAAUCAUUUAUGCCUGAGUUGAUACAUGGAGUUAAUCGAAGUCUAGUAAAGGCUAGAAUGCUCCUGAAGUCACUUGUUAUCAUUGGAUCAACACUUGGUCUGCUAUUAGGGACCAUUGGAACUUCUGUUCCUUGGUUGUUCCCAAAUGUUUUUACACCUGAUCAAAGUGUCAUACAGGAGAUGCACAAAGUACUGAUACCGUAUUUUCUUGCAUUAGUUGUGACGCCCAGCACUCAUUGCCUUGAAGGGACGUUGCUGGCUGGACGAGACCUUAAAUUUAUUAGCUUGUCAAUGAGCGGAUGCUUUUCUUUGGGUGCUCUCGUACUGUUGCUAGUGAGCAGUAGAGGAUAUGGUUUGCCAGGCUGCUGGUAUGCUCUUGCAGGCUUUCAAUGGGCUCGGUUUCUCCUCUCUCUCUGGCGCCUUCUUUCUCCCGACGGCAUACUAUAUUCUGAUGAUAUGAGCCAGUAUAAAGUGGAGAAGCUCAAAGCUGCUUAGUCUUGGUAUUCACAUCGAACUACAAAACAGUAUCAAAAUCCUACAUUCUUCCAAAAGAUAGAAUGUCUUACUUCUCACCAUUGAAUCAAACUAAAUUACCAGAAAAAUAGCAUAAGGUAUCAUAAGGCUUAAGUGCAUAAACAGCACACCGCCUCCAGCUAUUUUUCUUCUUAGCAGGCGGCUCUUGUUAGACUAAUUCUUGUAACAGUAAAUUAUUCUUUUACAAUACAAGAAUGAAAGAAAGUUUAUU